UGAUCGCUGUGAGCCCAGUCACUGACUGGACGCAUCACCACCUUACCAGUCUUCAGAGAACACUCCUUUCCAUCCGACGAAAUGAUAGAACCCUCUGAAGACUCAUUUGAGACGAUGAUGGAGCGUAAGAAUCCAUCAUCAAAACAAAUGGAGUCCUCUGAGGGCUCGUCCAACACCACCAUGGAGAGAGAAGGCGGAGUACAGGAGGCGGCGGGGCUGGCUCAAGGCCCAGCCCAGGGAAUGGGAGAGCUGCCCAUUGACCUCCUCCAAGACAUGGAGGAGCCAUCCAGUGGCCGACAUAGUGAAAUAAAGGAUCCACCCAAUGACCUACUCCAAGACCUGGAGGAGUCAUGCAAGGCUUCCCGUCAGGAAGUGGGGGAUCCCAUCGGUGAGGCGCCUGGUGAGAUGGAAGAAGCAUCAGUCAAUGAGGGAGAGCUGGACGAAGAAGACGACGACACUGACCUAAGUGAAGAUGACGAGGAGGAGGAGGAGGAGCCCGGCGAGUUGGAGUUAAGGGGCCGGGUCAGCUCCUUCACCUCUAUGUACUUCUGGAUGCAAGACCUCAAAGAGCAGCAAAAAAUAGCCAUAGAGAUCCUCAUGAAAGCGAUCAGAAUAGGCCGCGUGCCCGAACCGCAAAUCUUCUCGGGCGACCGAAGAGAUUACCCGGAGUUCUUCGUGCACUGCCACAUGAUCAUACAAGGCUACCCGAGAAAGUUCCGCAACGACCGCCGGCGAGUGAGGUUCGUCAUCAGUCACCUCUCAGACACGGCCCUCGAGUGGGCCCAAAAUCUGAAGCGGCAAAGAAGCCCCCUGCUGACCAACUACCCAGCCUUCAUGGAGGCCAUGACCAACAUGUUCCAUUACAAGGAGGAGCUGCGUGUGGCAGAAGACACCAUGCUCAACAUCGCGCAAGGGGACCGCGCCGCCAUUGACUACAUCGACGAGUUCCGGGAGCUGGUACCCACCUUGGGUUGGCCAGACGAAGUCCUGCAGGCCCACCUGUGCCUGGGGCUCAACGAGGAGAUCAGGCAGUAUCUGUUCCAGCUCCCUCAGCCAGACUCGCUGGACAGUCUGAUGGCCCUCGUCCUGCAGAUAGAAGAGAACCUGGCAGAGAGAAAGGCCGUGCUCAGGAUGCGUCCAGAGACCCACUCUCGGAACCUGACCAAGAUGGACUCACCUGCUCCAGAGAAGUGGCCGGUCAGCAGCUGGCUGACCUAUGAAAUCCAGCCCGAUAUCGAUCGCAGGCACGUCUUCCUGCUGCUCAUGGUGAGAGUGAACCCUUACCACAGUGUCGCGGUACAGGCGCUGGUGGACUCGGGGGCGAGCUCCAACUUCAUGGAUGAGAGAUUUGCCCAAGAGCACUACGUCGAGUUGUUCGAGAAGCCCUACCCACAGUCCAUCCACACCAUGGAUGGCUCCCUGAUUGGCAACGAGCCCGUCUGGCUGCACACCGAGCCUCUGGUGUGCUUUCAUCAGAACCACCAUGAGCUUAUUGAAUUCGACAUCGUUCCUUCACCCAACUUCUCCGUGGUCCUGGGCAUCAACUGGCUCCGAGUCCACUCCCCCGACAUCGACUGGGCCAGAGGCCGCUGCACCUUCCACUCUCCCUACUGCCUGAAGAACUGCUUCAGCCCACUCCCACCAUCGACCACACUCGAGAGACAUGCCAUCAGCCUGCUGCCCGGACUGUUGCCCCAGUAUUCCGACCUUGCCGACGUGUUCAACCCGAAGAAAGCAGAUGAUGAGACUUCCGACCAGCCAAGCUCAGACGGAUCCGAUGAUCUUUCUGAAUCAGAGCCCUCUGAGCUUCAGCAGGCUGGAGACAGUGAUCACAGCAGCACCGCCGACACGCGUCCCUCUGUGGCUCCUCCGGAACCUGUGGGUGCUGGGAUGCAAGAAACAGCCAGGCUGGGGAAUGAAGAGGAGGACUCGCAGGAGGAGAGGCAGAUAAUUCCAGAACUGUUCCAACAGUUACAUGGAGCUACGUGGUUCACAAGGCUGGAGCUGCGUGGGAUCAUUGUGGAGGAAGGCAAGAAAAAGGCAGCAGAAGAGCUAUGGAAAGUAGCGUUUGGUUUGGAGCUUCAGACGAAGACAAGCUAUCAGCCCUUUGAGAUCAGCUCAGACCCUGUCAUCCCUCAGAGCGUAAUGCACUGCAUCCUGAAAGACCUGCUGGGCAAAUGUGUGCUCUCCUACGGAAAUGAGGUCGUGAUCUACUCAAUGAGCCAGGAGGCGCACCUCCGGCACAUCCGCCAAGUCCUGGUCCGCUUCCGACACCACCACGUCUACUGCUCACUGGACAGGAGCCAGUUCCACCAACACACUGUCGAAUUCAUUAAGACCAUCAGGGAUUACCCGAUCCCUCUCUCUAAGGAGUCCCUGCAAGACCUGAUGGAACUGAUGUCCCCCUACUGCCACUUCGUGGAGCGCUUCGCUGCCAUCACGGAGCCCCUGCGGCGGCAGCUGCUGACCACCAGCCCCUUCCACUGGGGUGACGAGGAGCAGGAGGCCUUCGAAAGCGUGAAGCGGGCUUUCCGCAAGGCACCCCUCCUCCAUCACCCGAAGCGCCACAAGCAGUUCUACUUGGACACAGGCGUCAACAUGACCGCUCUGUACGCCUCCCUCAUGCAAGUUGAUGAGCAAACCGGCAAAAGAGUGUUCUGCGCUUUCUUCUCCCGCGACCUCUCUCCUGAGGAGGCCAACUCCUCUCCGCUGAGGAUGAAGACUAUGGCGAUUAAGGCUGCCUUGGAUGUGUGGUCAUGCUACCUGGAGAGCACCGAGGAGCCCAUCAUGAUCCUUCUCAAUACAGAGGAUCUAGCCUCCCUGAAUAAUGACAGGCUCACCGUAAUUCUCCCGGGGCAGUGGGCCAAGUUCUUCGGCCGCUUCCAUUGCGAUGUCAUGGAGAGGCCCGAACAAGAUGGCAGCAGUUCUCUGCCGCUGCAGAACCCCAAAGGUGGGCCUCUCCGGGCCCACACUGCCACCCGGGCCCACACUGCCACCCAGACCCGCACUGCC